CCGCAAACUCGCAUAGGCCCAAACAUCAGAGAUUCAGAGGUUAGGGUUUCUGUCACUUUUCCCCCAAUCUCUGGUUUCUUCCCAAUUCAUCGCUUCCUAAUUUCCUUUUAUUUUCGAAAUCUUGUAGAAUGGAACGAUUUUAGCAUUUGAUUUCGAGUGACGCCUCAUUGUUCUUUCAAUUUAAUGGCUCAACAUCGGCGACUCAAAACCCUACCUGAUGCAAGAAGGGAUUUAAUAAGUGAGCUGCCGGUAGAGGUAAAGGACAAAAUUUUGGAGUGUUUGCCCACUCGAGAUGCUGCCAGAACUGCUCUGCUCUCAAGGCAGUGGAAUGAUGUCUGGUUGCAGCAUGGGCGGCUUGCGUUGGAUCGGAAAUUCUUGGAAAGUGUCCAACAGCGCCAAGAUGAUCGGCCGGUUAAGAGAUUCUUCUUGGAUGGCAGAAGCUGCGUGAACGUAAUCAAUAAUAUCCUCUUUCUCCGUGCUGGGCCGGUGAAGAAAUUUACUCUACGGCUUUGGAGUGCUGAUCCUAUGCCGCAGCAGUCUGAUUUUGAUAGGUGGUGUCGUUUUCUGUCAAGAAAUGGUGUGGAGGAACUUAACAUAUGUUUAUAUAAUUAUCAAGAGCCACAAUAUUAGCUGCCAUUUUGUUUACUCUCUUGCAGGACAAUUAAGCAACUGAUAGUCGAAGGUCCCUUUAUUGAUUUGCCUGUAAAUGCUUGUGAUAUAUUUUCCAAUGUCACUUCAUUAAAGUUCAUGCAUGUUGAAUUUAAGCGCGGUGUUAAUGGAAUUGCCUCUAGUAUUGGUAUUCCUAAGCUUGAGAAGCUGGCUUUCAAGAAUUGUGUAGGGAUCGAAAAGUUUGAGAUCAACCCUGCAAAGCUUGAAAUCUUGUCUAUUAUUAGUUCUAUUGAAGAUGUGUUUGAGUCGAGAUGGUUGGCACCGCAUUUGAAAGUCAUUAAGAGUCUUUGGUUGUGUGGCUCUUUGUUGAUGCAUAUGGAUGCAUCUAUGUUUCCAACUGCAAUAAAUCUGCAAGUGAUGAAGCUAUAUAGAUUAAAUUUUGCUUGCCGGAAGCAGCUUGCCGUUGCUAUGCUAUUGCUUAAAAAAUGUCCUAACCUUUGUGAACUGCAUAUUUUGGGGGCGGAUGAGAUCGGUCCGAAGGAUGAGAGAGAAGCUGCUUCAAGGCUUUUGGAGGAUCCAGACAAUUGCGUUGUUAUUCAAAAGCUGAAGAUGCUUAACACAAUCAAGAUUGUAUCAUACCAUUCAUCCGCACUCAACAUGCUUUUUAUAAUAAUGCUGCUCUCAAAAUCCCCUGCGCUAGAGAGAUUUAUUGUUAAGUUUGGGUGUAUGAAUGCCCCCGAGGUGAGAAAAAUCCAAAGGAUGUUGGAACGCAUCCCUCGUGCAUCUUCAUACGCACAUAUUGUCUGCACAGACAUUGACAAAGUUUGACAAAGUUUCUAUGCUUAAGGAGUGGUUAUAUUGGUUUAGCCUUUUAGAAACUUGGUGAAUCUCCAUGGGUUCAAUUUGGGUGCAACUUAGAAAUUUAAGCAAUUGUUGUAGUGUUGGAAGUUGAAAUGUUUUCUAAGUUGGUAUUUGUAAUCAGCAAGCAUUGUAGGCAAGUGGCAUAAUUGUUUUCCCAUGAUUUUAAUUAUGAAAUGAAUUGAAGUUUGUUUGUCUGUU